AUGAAAACUAAAAUAAUUGAUUUUGAGCAUGUUUCUAUAAACAUUCCAACGGUUGACAUUGCAAAUCUAUUUAAUGAAGCUUGCACUAAUUAUAAUGCGCGCGGUGCACCAUUACUAAAAAAGCAGCACUUUAUAAAAACAAACAACGCAAAGAUAUUUGUAAAAGAGUAUCUAGACCAUAGAGGCAUAAAUAUACCCACAGAGAAGGUUCUGCAGGAAAUUGAAAAGAUGCAAACCAUAUCACAUUACUAUUGGUUCAUAUGGGCGACUGACAUGAUUCUGAAAAAUAAAACAAAGAGUGGACUAGACUAUAUGACUUUUGCAAAAUAUAGACUGCAGUAUCUUGAAAAGGAUAAUUUUAUAACUAAAAAUAACAUUAAAGAGCUAAUUAGCUUUAUUACAAAUAGUCUGUAAAGUAUUCACUUUCUAGUAAAAUAGAUAGAGUGUUUUGAUUAUUUAGCAGCAGAAUGGCGCCAUAUAAACUGCAUAUGAGAUAAAUUUGGUUUUUUCAUGGUUAUACUGUAAGGAAUAUUCUAAGUGUUUUAGAUUAUUAAUAAUGGUAUAAAAAUACUGCUGCAUUCUUACAGUAUCACCUAAACAUAUCUAAACUUGCCUCUAGUAUAUGUGAAGUGUCUAGCCCAUGUAUUAGGCAGUAAAGUAUCCAUCUUCGUCCGUUUCUGCCUUUCUUUUCUUUCGCCAAGACUGUCCAGUUUUUUCAAGUAAGUCAGAGGCUUCUUCUAAUUUUUUGUCCAAGCUGCUUAAAUCACUUACCUCAUUAUAUGACACGUGAAUAAUUGGGUUACUACAAAAAUCAAUUGCAUCAUUAAUGCUGGUAAAAUCAAUUAUUAUCUGAUAUAUAAACCCAGCUUCUGUUCCAUCGUUUUUUUGCUUUUUUGUGUAACUGACAGUAUAAGACUUCUCAGAGCUUACGUUUAUUAGUGCAUUGAAUGGAAGAGUGAACGCAACAGUGCCCUCUUGUCUAAGGACAGGCGUUGGAUAUUGCGAUUUAAAUUCAGUACUUUGCAGCUUAAAUGGGAAACAUACCGUAAUGCAUUCUACAGCCAUAAGAAUAAAU